UGAGGAGAUGCUGCUUGGCUGCUGGAUCGCUGCACCGCUGCUGCUGCUGCUGCUGUCGGCUGGGACUCGGGCUCAGAGCGGAGACGGAGACACGGACAUGGAGCCCAGAGUCAGCUGCAUCUCUGACAUCCUGAUGGCAGGAAGCAGUCUGACCUGUAAACUGGUCGGAGGCCGGAGCGACAGUGAGGACGAUGAAGACGAAGAGGCUGAUGUCAUAGACGGGAUGACAGUGUGCUACUUCGACUGGAGUGGAAAUAAAAAAGAAGAGAAGUGUUUGAAGGUUCCCGGAAACACAGUCAAAGAUCUGCGUCCUGUCCUUGACUUCAACGUAUCCGUCCACCUGAAGACAGGAAGUUCGAUCACAAUCAUGGUGGACCUGAAGAAAAUAGUCAAACCGAGAAGUCCUCAGGUGAAGAACGUGACUUUCGACCAUGAGUCAAACCAGGCUGUGAUUCGUAUUCAGAUUCCAUAUCACAAAGACUACCUGAGACUCGACAACCAACUCUUCCAGCUGCUCAUCCAGAGCCCCGGCAGAACAAUACCUCAAAACUUCUCAUCGGACACUCUAAAGAUCGACAUGCAGCACCUCCGCAGACACACCGAGUAUCACGUCAAAGUGCGAGCGUUACCAGUGAAAGGUUGGCAGGGUACCUGGAGCGAGUGGAGUGAAACGUACAGCUUCUUUACUCCCGCUGGAGAAAAAAAACAGAUGGACGGGAGACGGGAGACGUACACACUGCUUCUGUGUUUCGUCGUUUUGCUGGUGGUGCCUUUAAGUGUUAUUUUCUUCUGGAAAAACAAAAUUUUUACCUACAUGUGGCCGAGCAUCCCGCACCCCAAACACACACUGGUGCAGAUCUGCAAGCCAAAUAAAGGCCUCCUGUUGAACUUCAAACCUGAAGUGUUCAGCGCUCUUAAAGUGGAGAAGAUGGAGGAGCAGCCGUGUGAGGAAACUUCGAUCGCUGCUGCAGCCGCUGACGGUGCUCACUCCGAAUUUCCCGGCUCUUCCCACAGCUCUGACUCCUCCAGGAGCGCCACCAGCGUCAGCACAGAGGAGCUGGAGCUGUCCGCCCUGCUGAGCCGGAGCUCCUCCGACGGAGAGGACGCCCUCCAGAGCACCAGUCUGUCCCCCGUCCAAGUGCAGCCGCCCGAGGAGAGAGCUCACACACCUCAGCCUGAGUACAGCGGCGGAGGGAAUGAGGCGGAGGCUUACGUCACCAUGUCCAGUUUUUAUCAGAUCAAGUAGGUCAGAAGGACGAAGAGGGACAGUGAUGGACGGACAAAACUGGAAAAUGACACCUCAGAAAACUCUGACCAGCCACAAAAUGAUUAACAGUCCUUUAAUAUCAGUCAGUCCACGUCUCUGAUUCACUCUGGAAUAUCUCUAUUUCCAUCAACGUUUCACAGACGUUCACUUCAUCAGUCUGUCCAGGAUUUCGCAGGCUGUGUUUGGGAUUGUUGCAGCCUGAUAUUUCUCAUUUCAAAAAAUUCUUUACAACUUCUUUUGGCCUUUUUUUGCAGUUCAAUUUUUGGGCAAGUGGAAAUUACAAGAAUAGCUGUGAUGCUGUUUCUGAUUCGGAGCUCAUUAUCGUGAGCGCUCAGUGUUUCCCACAGAAUUAGAAUCUAUUCGUGAUUUGCGGAGAUGGGGGGUGUCUGCAUCAACAGCUGAUCACCAACAAUCAGCUGCUGAUGGUGUUUGACGCAGAGCUGCAGGAGCGUCUCCUCUCCUGCUGAGAACAUCAGACACCGAGCUGACACCAAAACAGCUCGACUCUGUCAUUAAACCUGUUAAUAACCCUUAGGUCACGUUAGCCACGUGAUGCUAACAGUUAGCCCUGUCACUGUGUGUGUGUGACCCUGAGCUCCUGUCCUGCAGAUAAACACAGAGAGAAUCACUGCGCUGCACGCAGCUCCACGAUGAAAUCAGAUGUUAAUAGUCAAAUUUGUGGUUAAUUUUCAGUGACCGCUCAAAAUUCACAGGGAUUGGCUGAUUUUGUGUUAAUUGUUGUGACUAUAACAUCCUGCACGGACGGCAUUGGCCAGAGGAUGAACCCUUGAACGCCACCAUGAGGUGGUGUGGUUUUUUUAGUGAAAUAUUAGCAACAUUUCCUGGACAGUGUUGGACGGGUCUUCACGGUCUCACUGACUCUCAGUGAUCCUUUCACGUUUCCUGUAGCGCCACCAGCAGGUCAGAGUUGAUUUUAUUCACCCCUUGAUGUCUCCAGUUUUUUAAAUGGUCAAAGCCUGUGCAGCAGAGUUUUUUUUAUUUUUCCUUCAACAAGUGAAAGUGGAGAUAUUUUAUUUUCAUCUCUCUCUGGAGUGCAGAGUGUGACAGUAGCAGUUUGUUAAAUGUGGGCUGUGGACCCAGAGAGACGGAAAUGUAGCUUUAUGUUUAUUUUAUUGCUUUUGACGCCGUACGAUUGUAUCAAGUAUAUCUGAAUCAUAUAUGGCACAUUGUAUACUGACAGACCUCCUCAUACAGUCAGCUACUGUGUUUCUGCAGGUUUUACUACAAAUCACAGAGAAGUGUCUCCAGAGAGCGUCCAGACGGCACUGGUUAAGGCUCAGCUCAUCUUUCAGCUGAGCGCCAUGUUCUCUGUAGUGAAGCAACCAAAUAAAAAGAUUCAGUUGGCUGCUUGGAGGGUCGUCCAACGACUCACAGAUGGGUGACAAAUGAAAAUAAAUCUCCGUCUGAGGUGAGUUACUUAGGUGUUGUUCCACUAGAACACCUUCAGUUCUCCUCAUCAUAGAGUUUUACACCGCCUGUUCAAGGAAGGUCACGCCGACAUGCCGCCUCAUUGUUCUGUAUAAACGGUACGAUCGUGACACAGAGGGACAGAGUUGUCUCGCCUUUAAGCCGACAGCGAAGCGCCGACUUGAUGUCUGUGUUAAAAGUGUGAGCAAAGCAUGACGAGUGUGACGUUUUGAUGGCGUGUUAUAUGUGCGACUCAUUAAAGUAACUAGAAUAACCAUAAGAACUUUGUAGAACCUCUUAAAUGACCCCUAGAAGGAAAGGAUUCCUACAAAUUUCGUUUCAUGUGCAAGCAUGCAAAUGACAAUAAACAAAUGAAAUGAAAUGAACUCCCUAAAACCCACACCUCUGAGGAAGUUCGAAGCCCUCUAGCUCUGAGCCCUACGAUCCCUAAAUGCUGUACAAAUUAAUGACACUUUAAAGUAACCACAAAAACCACUUAACAGACCACAAGAACCACAAAGAACCUCUCAAAUGGCCACUAGAACCACCCCGAGGAUUCCUAGAACCUCCUCAGUGACAGCUAUCAUCAUAUAAAUGAGCCCUCAGUGAACGUAACAACCCCCUGACACACAACAACAAUCAUAUAGAAUCCCUUAAAUGACCUCUAGAACCACCUAAAGGAUGAGCUGAACCUCCUUACAUCUAAACCCAAACCUCUGAGGAGGUUGUAAGCCCUAAGAUUUCUAAAUAAUGUACAAAUUAAUGACAGCUAGAGUAACCUGAAGAUCCACCUGACAGACCACUAGAACCACCUUAAUGAUUCCUAGAACCUCCUCAGCGACCACUGGUAUCACAUAAACAUACAUGACCAUAACAACCAAACAAACCAUUAGAACCACCAAAAGGA